AUGACUGCUGUUGGCUGUAAGUUAACAAAAUUACAACAGCGUCUCCAAUCGGCCAUAGAGGAGAGACGUUUCUAUGAAGCGCAUCAGAUCUACAAAACUGUUUACUUUCGUUGUAUCACUCGUCGAAACUAUGUUGAGGCUCUGAAGUACCUCUACUCUGGUGCAGAUUUUUUGCUGACAAAUAAACAAUGGGAGAGCGGUAUAGAGCUCGCCUCCAUGAUACUGGAAGUAUAUACGAAGAGCAAGAUGGAGCUGACAGAAGUCCAUUUAAAUCAAAUGUGUGAUUUACUUAGGAAAAUGAACCCCAGCGAAGACCGGUCCAAUUUUAUUCAGAAAGCGACCGGACUACUUAAUAACCAUAAGUCUCUUUUGUGUGGUUUUAAUGAACAACUUGCGCGCAUUUUCUGGCAGGAGGGUUCUUUCACUGAGGCACGUUUUCGAAUCAUGUUAUCCUUCAACGGCCAUGCUGUCGGAUCGUUUCUAAUUGCGCUCCACCAGCGUUAUGGCCUGCGUUCCGAGAUUGACCUGUUCAUCACUCAAGCCGUCCUGCAGUUUCUAUGUAUGCGACAGGCCCCAGCAGCAGUUCUCACGUUCUACACUUAUACUCGAGGACAUCCGAGACUUGAACCAGGACCACCGUUCACAAGAUUCCCUCUGCUCAAUUUUGUGUGGUUCCUCAUGCUUGCCAUAGAGAGAAAGUGCACCGUUUCCGUAUUUUCAUUACUCUGUGAAAAGUAUAGUCCACAGAUAAGACGGGACUCCACCUAUUUGGCAUAUUUGGACAAAAUUGGUCAGCUUUAUUUCGGUAUUAAACCGGCUUCCAGCGGUGGAAUGAAUAAUCUAUUUUCUAAUCUUCUCAAAAUGUUAAGUGGCGCUGAUGAAGGUGAUAUCGACUCAUCGUCAGAUGGACCUGACCCCAUACCAUCAACAUCGAACGAGUUGGAUGGGCCCUCAAGUGCCAUUGACAAUAUGUGCGUGGAUGAUGUCGAC